UUUGGAAAAAAUGAAUGCGGAAAGAAUAGGGUUUUGGAAUAAACGCUGAAAAUAAGGUCCGAGGUUAACACAGGUUUCGGAUAGUAUAUACGUUUUGUUCUAUGCCAUUAUACCGUCAGUUAACAUGACCUUUAUGUGUUUUGUAUUAUUACAUACAUUCUUCAAAUUUCACAAAAAGCGACAUUAGCUCAUAAAGAUUGUCAAAGAACAAAACGUAUCGCCUAAACCUGUGUUUACCAAUCAUUAGUUUCGGUGAUUAUUCCCCCCAAAACUACAUUAAUUUUCCUUAUAGGCUUGGUCCAACGAACCAUGGCAGAGUUAUCGCUUAUAAAAAGUCGCCAUUACUGUUUCUUUCUAUGUCCUCUCUCACCCCGAUUUAGAAAGAAAAUCCGUGAAGAGCCGUGCUUUUUUAAUGGGUGAUUUGAGUGCAGUGAUGCCAAACAUACGAAACCAUCUUUGGCCAGACGGUGGAUGGACGCUGUUUCUCCACUUCCGCAAGUUCACGGAUUUGUAGGUUACGUUGUGUCCCUAUUACACCGUGUACUUUCCUUUCACGUUUUUGUCUCCCCGAUCGCUCCACCCUUGGAAGAAUAAAUCAGUCAAUUAUACAACACACUGCCCUCUCUCCCCUCCACACUAUCCAAUACUACCGCCUUAUCCACAUGCAUUGGAGUCUUGGGCCCCGGCGUACCGGCUCCAGCCAUGUCGGCAAGGAAUGCAGCGGCUGGCGGCGGUGACAGAACGACAGGGGAACAGACAGGGGAUGUGUUGGUGGAGGAAAACCAAAGCCAUUCUGUCUCUCUGCCCAGCUUGAUGACCCCCACCUCAGCCGCUGGCAUGACCUCAGGAAUGGAACUGCCCCGGAAACGCAAGGGAAGCAUGGACAUGGAAAUCAAAUCAGCCUCCAAUCUGGUUGCAGAUCUGAAAGAUGAAGAAGACCGAUCUGAAGGGGAGGACUCUCAGGCUAAAAUCAAAUGCUUCAGGGAGCCUCACAGCCAGAUCGAGAAGCGGCGCCGGGACAAGAUGAACAAUCUGAUCGACGAGCUGUCAGCCAUGAUUCCCACCUGUAACCCCAUGUCCCGCAAGUUGGACAAACUCACCGUGCUCAGGAUGGCUGUGCAGCACCUCAAAUCCCUCAAAGGUUCCACCUGUUCCUUUGCUGAAGCCAAUUAUAAGCCUUCAUUCCUCCCUGAUGACGAGCUCAAACACCUCAUUCUCAAGGCUGCCGACGGGUUCCUGUUCGUAGUGGGUUGUGAUCGCGGAAAAAUAGUCUUUGUCUCAGAGUCCAUCAACAAGACACUGAAUUACAGCCAGACGGAACUGAUUGGACAGAGUCUCUUUGACUACAUUCACCCAAAGGACAUGGAGAAAGUAAAGGAGCAGCUCUCAGCUUCUGAGUUAUAUCCCCGCGAGAGACUAAUAGAUGCCAAAACGGGCCUGCAGGUCCAGGCUGACCUCCCGGUCGGAGCAGCUCGGCUGUGUCCGGGCGCGCGACGCUCCUUCUUCUGCCGCAUGAAGUACCACAAGAUCUCAGUCAAACAGGAGGACAAGGAAUUCCAGUCCAGCACAUCGAAAAAGAAAGAGUCUGAGAAGUACUGCACUGUCCACUGCACAGGCUACAUUCGCAGCUGGCCCACCAGUCAGCUGGGGGAGGAGGGGGGUGAGGGGGAGACUGACAAGGACAGCUCCCACUUCAGCUGCUUGGUGGCCGUGGGCCGUGUCCACCUCCACGCCGCCUCUCUUGUCAACGGGGCCAACGAGGUCCUGGUCAAAGCAACGGAGUUCGUCACGCGCUACGCCAUGGAUGGCAAGUUCACCUUUGUCGACCAACGAGCCACCACUGUCCUAGGAUACUUACCCCAGGAGCUGCUUGGAACGUCAUGCUACGAAUACUUCCAUCAAGAUGACUUGCCACAUUUAGCAGAACGACAUCGGAAAGUGCUGCGGAGUAAAGAGAAAAUAGAGACACAUUGCUACAAAUUCAAAACGAAACAUGGCUCUUUUGUCACACUACAAAGUCUGAUGUUUAGUUUCAUAAAUCCCUGGACCAAAGAAGUAGAAUACAUAGUGUCAACCAAUACUGUCAUGUCAAGUGACCACAGUCCAACAGACAGAUCUGGGGGCAAAGCAGAACCGUCAAGUAAUUCCAAGGCUUCAGAAGACGAUGGCAAUAAGUCUCUUCCCAUCAUCCCGGGGAUCUCCAGUGCUUCCAGUACCAUGAUCUAUGCAGGGAGCAUCGGGACCCAGAUCGCUAAUGAGCUGCUGGACUACAACAGGAUGAACUCGUCCCCAUCCAGUGGUAAUGUCAGCCCCUUCACUGUGUUGAAGGACAAGUCUCCUCGGCAACUUACACUGUCCAGCAGCAGCGUGCCAAAUGGAGAGGUGGCAGACCUAGAGAUGCCAGGGAAGUCCAGUUCAGAGGAAGGAGAACAACAAGAACUCAAAAGACCACAAUUCCCUGCAGGAGAAUCACUCAUGGUGGAAACUUCCCAGCUGGAUAUGGAGAAUAUGAUGGACCCUGGCCUGGGAGGCCUUAGUAAUGACGAGGCGGCCAUGGCAGUGAUUAUGAGCCUGCUGGAGACGGACGCCGAUCUGGGCGAGGCAGUGGUCAUGGAUGAGAUCAACUGGUCCCUCUGAACUGGUCCCUCUUUGUCUCAUCUCUACUGAAACUCUCCACGUCUCACUAAAAUUGACUGCACUGAUCUCUCUGAAACUUGCCACAGCUCACUGAAAUUCUAAGCCUCUGAAAUCCCCCCCCGGCUCUCUGAAACACACUACAGCUCUCAAUAACUCGACCCAAACACAGCACUUCCCUCAGUACAGUUUUGUCUAUCACCAGGUAUCGUCUCCCUUUUUUAAAACAUAUUUUAUUUAUUUAUUAGUUGUUUUAGUUUUUCCCACAAACGCUGUGUAAUCUUCAGGUGGAUGUUUACAUUUUUUUUUUUUAAGACAAUGGGAUCGAUUGGCGAUAAGGGACAACAGCUCUCCACCACUUUCAGUGGGAGGAAGAGAAGAGUCUGAGGCUUUGCCUACAAAGCCUUUCAGGUGGCCAUUUUGACUAUUCUUGGCGGCUAAUUGUCCGUAUCUGCUUUCCUCAGACCUACAGAUCACAUUCCCCUGCAUAUGUCUACCAAUUAUUGUGUGCCAAGUCAUUGACUGUGUCUUCGACUGACAGAUUGCUAUAACAUAUGUGGUUAGCUGAUACGUAAAAUACCUAUCCAGGGGUUAUAAGAUCUGUCAUGCAUCAGCUACGCCUGAGCAGAGGAACACACCCUCUCCCCAUCUCUGGAGUGGCCUUAGGAGCCGUGGUCUAUUUGAGCAGCAGCCUUUUUGUGCCCCCACGUGUCACAUCCCAUAAGACAAUGGCUGAAUCCCAAAUCACUCCCUUCACCCCUUGACCCUCCAGUUAAGCUUUCACGCUUGCCUCCGCCAUAUGCACAAGUGUCCCAAAGCAGAGGGAGUGAAAAUUGUCAUAGGUGUAGGGGCUAAUUAGACAGCCAAGCAAACAAGGCUGCAGGCUUUAGAGCGAAGUGCUAUCCCGACACGCUCCGCGAUAUGUUUUGAGUUUGCGCAAAUAUUUUUAUUUGAAUAUACAAGUAUUUGAAUAUUGGAAUGCAUUUGGCAAUACACUUGGAAGGUAUUGGCAUGUAUUUGAAAAUAACCAGUAUUUAUACAAAUAUUUAAUACUCCCAUGCUUUUGAACCCAGGUCUGUUUGGUCCUAGGUUUAUUUUAAAUAAUAUAUUUGAAGUAACUAUUUGAAAAUACUUAUGCUUAAAUAGUAGGCUAUUUUAUAGGAAAUCAUUUGAAAAUACUUCUAACAGAAGUAGUUGAUUCGGCACCACAUUAUUUUAAAAUACUUAAAUACACAGGUCUGGUUGACAUUGACAUUGAGAGUCACUGAUAGUCUGCUAUCAAUGUGCCACUUAGAGAUUUUCCCACCAUCAGAGUAACUGGGCGUGUCACGGCCUAACCACCAACUCUCUGGCACACAGCAUUUGGACCGACGUGUGAAGACCUGGUAUGGAUAAAUGCCACAUUCACCCACAAUCUUGGCAGAUUCUUAAAAACAGAAAUGGAGGUUUAAGGGAAUAGACUUAAAUUAUAUUAUUAAAAUAGAGAUGUAUCAAAUACCUUAUAUCAAAAUGUACAGUUUAUAAAUGAUCUCUGAAUCAGGGAUCACUCAGGGAGCAACAGAACAGAAACCACCCCUCAUUCCUCCAUUUCAUGUUUAUUCAAUCUUUUACACUUUUUUUAUCACUUGUAGCUGUACUUUAUUUCUCAGGCUAUAUAUCACACACCUAUAGUACGUGGGAGUACAGACGUCGGUAUUGUUGUAAAGUGAUUUGUUAUCUUUUUACAACGUUUUUCGGCUUUAUGAUGCCCAUGCUUUGACUUAAUUUCAUGUGUCAUAAUGCACUGAUAGACAACAGUCUUAUAUGGCUCGUUCAGGAGGUGCUACUUCAGAGGUAAACCGAGUAGUUUGUGGUGUGUGGAUUCUUUAAGGGACUACUAUGCAGAGUGAACAUUCCAGAACAUCUAUAUACAUCUCUGUCUCUCGCUUAUUAUUCAAACUAGGGGUUGUAACCAUAAUUAUUUUCGUUACAUUCCACUGUUCCGCCCAGGAAAAUAAAGUUCUGAAGCGGUUCAAAACCCCUAAAAAAUAAUGGUUUAUAUCAUUCCUUUCUCUUCCUUUUUAAACCUCUUUAGCUCAACAUUAAAUUACUUCACCAACCAGUGUGGAUAGAGCAGCUUGCUAUUGAGUGGGCAAGCUGUAAUAGAUGUUUACAUGCAUUGGACAGACAUGUGUAUGGCACAAGAUGUGACUGAAAUUUUGCAGGUGGGGAGGGAGCGAGCAAUAGAGAGUGGAGGAGGCUUGGCUUGAAGCGCUGGGCAUUUUGUUAUUACAUGCAUUAUCUGAAUUAGGAUCACAGCAUUAUACUUGCGGAGGAGCAGAUUCAAUGAAGGAACUUUAAACGUCUUUGAACUUCCAAGAGUUGGCUUAACUUUGGACCAGAAGCUUUGUGUGUGUGCUGAGCGUCACCAGAAUUGAAAUAAAAACACAUUUGACCUUUUUGUAGUUAAUAAAGCCAACUUGAAACAUGAUAAGUAUAAUAUC